CCCUUCGGCAAGGGGCUCUCGUGCAAGCUACCAUUUAGGCUCUGCCUCUGCCUUCCCAGCUCUGUAGCUCGAAAAAUUGGACUUUGAAAAAUUCUGAGGCUCCCCCUCAAUCUCAAAACUUUCCACAUUACCGUGACAAUCCUCUCCACGGCAUCUUCUCCUACUUCUUCUUCUUCCUUGCUCAGGCUGCGGGCGGUCGAUCACCUUCAAACGCAUGACUUUUCUCCGCCAUUUGGCAUCCCAAGUCUCCUGUUAGAACCUUCAGGGCACAACAAUGGCAGGCGGGAAAGCUCGUACUCCCGCUUCGAAGUCGAAGGCUUCCGUCAAGACCGACAACGGGCUUCUUGAUUCUAUCUGGGUCCCCGAUUCUUCCACCAUCUUUGACGGUUCGAAUUCAAUGUCCGACUUCGAGAGCAAGCUAGGCGGGGCGAGCACGACCCCGGGACCGGCAUUCUUCCAAGCCGGAGACGUGAGGAAUGCCGAGGAGGACUUGGAGCUCGAUGGGUGCUUUCAGCUGCCAGGGAAGAAGAGGCGGCUGAGUGCCCAUCAGGUUCAGUUUCUGGAGAGGAGCUUCGAGGUCGAGAACCGGCUCGAGCCCGAGAGGAAGGCCCAGCUUGCCAAGGAGCUCGGGUUGCAGCCCCGGCAGGUUGCGAUCUGGUUCCAGAACCGGCGGGCCCGGUUCAAGACCAAGCAGAUGGAGAAGGACUAUGAUUCUCUGAGAGCUUGCUACGACAGCCUCAAGGCCAACUGCGACAGCCUCCUCAAGGAAAAGGAGAGACUGAAGCAUGAGGUGGAUUCUCUCAAAGAUAAACUGCUUUCCACCGGGGAGUGCAAGGAGGAGGAGAACACAUGUUUGAAGUCCGGCUGUCAGUUACAUGGAGAACCUCAGGAGUUGAAUGCAGGGGAAGCUCCCAAGCCACAAGAGGAUGCAGCUUCUGCAAAGAGCGAUGUGUUCGACUCCGAAAGUCCCCGCUUGACAGAGCCCGGGAAUUCUUCUCAAGGACUCGACCCCGAGAGCUCGGAGAUCGAGGAUGGGAGCAGCCUGAUGAUCAGCAAGAGCCUUCUGGCCCCAUUGAGUUACUUUCCUAAGAUUGAGGAUGGCUACAAUUGCAGUGAGCCUGCUAUGGAUUAUCCUUCUUGUACUUUUGGGUUCUCAUCUUCUGAAGAUCAUCCAUUUUGGAAUUGGACUUACUGAUUUCAGCUUAAGGCCCUCUCUCUUGUAAUAAUUUGCACUAAAAUAGCAAUAAAGUUUAACUAAUUAUUAAUAAUC